AUGGCUUCCAAAGUAUUUAUUGUCACCGGCGCCAGUAAGGGCAUUGGCGCUGCCAUCGCUCAAUACCUUGUCAAGCAAUCCCACAAGGUUGUUAUUACAGCUCGAUCAGCUGAGCCUUUGGAAGGAUUGAAGAAAUCGUAUCCUGAACAGGUUCAGUUCAUCGCCGGUGACAUCGUCGAGCCUCAAAUGCCUACGAAGCUAGUAGACCUUGCCGUGUCUUCAUUUGGCAAGGUUGACGGUCUUGUCGUUAACCACGGCAUGUUGAUUCCAAACAAGUUCGCUGAUACUUCUCUUGAAGAGUGGAAGAAGGUUUAUGACAUAAACGUCUUCAGUGGUAUCGCUUUGGCACAAGCUGCAAUCCAAGAGCUACGCAAGUCCAAGGGAUGCAUCGUGUGGGUGUCAUCAGGAGCAGCAACAAAGCAGUAUGCUGGGUGGUCAAGCUACGGUUCAUCAAAGGCUGCCUACAACUCUAUCUCGGGUCACAUUGCCAUUGAAGAGCCCGACAUUACAAGCGUUGCCAUUGCACCAGGUCGAGUAGACACCGAGAUGCAAGGCGUCAUUAGGUCAGGAGGCAAGGAAUCUAUGAACCAGGCGCAGUACGAAUCAUUUGUCGACGCCAAGGAGAAGGGCAUUCUGCUCAAGCCUGAACAACCUGGCAAUGUCAUGGCCAAAUUUGUUGCAGACCCGCUUAAGGAGCUGAGCGGAAAAUUCUUCUCAUGGAACUCACCAGAGGUUGAAGCGUACCAGGAAUAG